CGCGUUUCCGUGUUGAGGCAGACGCUGUGUUUGUCGCGUGCGGAAGACGAGGAAGAGGAAAGAUUUUAAAACUAAACUUUGAAUUCGAAUAAAGUAGAGUUUAAAAAAUGUUCAUUUUAUCAUUCUGUGUCCUUUUUUGGACAUUCGUGGCAAUAAAUGGCGAGAAGCACUCCCUCACGUACAUCUACACGGCCUUUUCCCAUCCUGUGAAGCUCCCAGGCAUCCAUGAAUUCACUGCUAUGGGUCUGCUGGAUAACAGAAUGAUCGACUACUAUGACAGCUCUGUGCAAAAGAAAAUUCCCAAACAGGACUGGAUGAAGGAGCGACUCCAGCAGGAAUACUGGGAUAAAGGCACACAGUCCCGGCAGAGCAAGCAGCAGUGGUUCAAGGUUAACAUCGACAUCCUGAUCAACCGAAUGAGACAAACGUCUAAUGACACUCACGUUCUUCAGUGGAUGCAUGGAUGUGAAGGUGAAGAAGAUGAACAAGGCAACCUCCAGUUUAAGCGUGGCAUGGACAUGUACAACUAUGAUGGAGAUGACUUCCUGGCUUUUGAUGAUAAACAUCAAGUUUGGGUGGCUGCAGCAGAUGCAGCAUUCCCCACCAAGAGGAAGUGGGAUGAUGUCACAGCUCUGAAAGACUACACCAAGGGUUACCUGGAGAAGGAGUGCAUGGAAUGGAUGAAAACCUUUCUGAGUUAUUCAAAGCAGCAGCUAAGAAAUGCCUCUCCUCCUGACGUUUACAUAUUCGCUAAAAAAGCCAAAGAGUCCUCCAACAUUGUGCUGACGUGCCUCGCCACAGGCUUUUAUCCAAAAGACAUCACCCUAAACAUCAGAAGAGAUGGGCGUGUCCUCACUAAAGACGAUGGAGUGAUGAGUUCUGGAGUUCGUCCGAAUCACGAUGAAACCUUCCAAAGAACAGAUUAUGUGGAGAUUUUAAGGAGUGACUCUGCUAACUACACCUGUGAAAUCAUUCAUCCAGCUUCUGACAUGCAUGUUGUGAAAACAUGGGAUCACCACCUUCCUCCUGUUGAUAAAAAUAACCUUGGUCUUUAUGUUGGCAUCGUCAUUGGUCUGCUCGUUUUGAUUUUGGGCUCAAUUAUCGUGUUUCUUGUCAAAAAUCCGGGAAUCUUCAGACUUAAAUAUCAGCCAACCAAGAAUAAAGAUCCAGAAGACGUGAAUUCAGGUCCUAAGUUUGAAAUCCCUCUCACCAAGGAAGACAAAAACUCGGGUUCAUCUCUUAACAGCAACGACUCUGCUAUCGGUGGUUGUAACUGAAAAAUCAAGCUCGUCUUCUUGGAACAGGGGGGGUCAGUGAGCCUGCAUGUUUUCCAGACAUCCCCCCCCUACUCCCAUCUUCUGACCUGGAUCAGACGAGCCUCACCAGAGAAGGAGGGUAUGUUGGAGCACAAGCCGGAAGCAGCUCUCUGUCCAGAACGUCCCAUUACAAAGAUUGUAACAAUUACAAAAAACAAAACCUCUCAACCACAUUAUAUUCCCCAAAUGUUUAAAGUGCCUUGUCGUCUGGACAGAUAAUUUCUGUGAUUAAACUGUUUUAGCUUUGGUUUAGAAAAAGGAUAUGGUCAUAAUUCUGAGAUGUCUUCAUUGUGAAAAAUAUCUGGAGUCAGGUUAGUUUCCCCAAAAAAUAAAUCAUAUAAACUAAAUCAGUUAUAUCCUAAUUAUAAAAUAAAAGUACAAUUAGAAUCAAGCAAGGAAAACAAAAGAGACUAAAUGCCUUUGCUUCACACUGGAUUAUUAUAUUCAAUUAUCUCUUAUAUGUAUAAAUAUCCAGAAAUGUUUGCUUGGCUGUAAAAUAACAGCACUAUGCAAGAGAAUGAGUUAUUUAGAAACAUGUGACCCAUUUCUGCCUUGAUUCUUUGUUUUACACAGUUUUCAUUUAGUAAAAAAAAGACAUUUUUACUGUAGUUUCAACAUUUCAGAUGCUAUGAAUCAGGUUGGAAAGUAAUUUGUAAAAUUAAAAAAUAAAUCACUCAAAGCACUUUUAAAAUAUAAGGAUAUGAUCAAAGGAUUUGGUCAACCACUUAAUUUUUUAAUUUUAUUGAAUGUUUUAAAGGAUUUUUUUAUGUUUUAAGGUUUAAAAAAAAAAGCCAAAAAUAUGUGAGGGUAAAUGGCCGAGAAAGUUUGCAUUAUCAGAAUUAACACACGCUGUGGAGGCCUGAACCGUCUGAUGCAAAGAGAACGUACAUAAAAUGUACUAUGUGAUAAUGCACAUAGGUAUCCAUUAACCCGUUUAUACCAUGGUCACUUAUAGUAGAAAUAAGUAUUCAAUCAAUUCUUACUACUUUAUUCUUGCUUUUUUUUUGGUUUAGAUCUUUUUUUUAAAUAAAAAAUGUAAAUUUUGUUACGUGAUGCCUUGUUGUCACGGUAACAUGACAACACGCCGCUGCAGUCGGCCCCGACCUCGACUGUAGCAGCAAAGGAAAGAGAUGUAAACGCUGAUGGUUACGAUGAGUCAAAGCAUCAGUUCAGACAGAAAGUUCAGCUGUUAGCUUGUUUUUGUCCGGAUGAUGAAGAUAAAGGUUGUUUUAUAGAAGCCAGCGCAGUGAUACAGAACAUUUAAGCUAUGUGACCAGAACUACUUUUUAGGCGUGGACUGUCCCUGUCCGUUAUCACUUUUUAAUGCACAGCCAGCAGCCAAUCAGAAGGAAGUAUUCACUCAGACCAGGGUAGAAUCAUUUAAGAACGUUAUUCAAUGAAUGCUACGCUUCCGUUUUAGCUCAAACUUUUAGUUAUUUGUUGAUGUUGUUUUCUUUUGCUCAUUUAUGUUGAUUUGACUUGUUACAUUUCUGUUCUGAACAGUUUUCAUAAUUUUACUUUAUGUUACAGCUUCUAAGAUAUUUUGAAGUGUUACUCAAUAAGUGCAGCUUUUGUCUAAUUUCUGAGCAACACAUUUCAUGAAGCCAUAGUAGUAUUAAAUGUUACACAGACUGAGAUGUCUGCUUUCUUUCUAAAUUAUAUUUGGAAACAAAUCCGUUAUUAUUUUAGAGACUGUUAGAGAUGAGAUUAACAUCACACUAUGGAAGACUAUUGCAUUCAAUAAAACAAGUUAUUUUAUUUAAAAAAAGUCCCCAGAAGUGACCUUUGUAGUUCUUUAAAGUAAUAGAACGGAAAUGACGGAAGAAAAUCUGAACAAACAGACUGAGCACUUAUCUGCUCAUGAAAACUAUAAGAUGGGCUGCCGUCAUAAGUGUCAUAGGUGUGAUGUUUUUGGUUUAUGUUCUCGUCACGAUCUUUCCGGUCUGUUUUGUUCUACCUGUUAACUUUGUUGACAAACAUUACAGAGCAGAACGUUGGAAAUAUUAAAUAUUGACCAAAAUGAACUGCUUAUCUUGUUUGUCAGUCGAUCCCGACGACGAUAUCGAGCACAAACCCGUGACGUCUGUGGCCUGCUGGACGCUCACGUUAUAGUGCGGUUAACUUUUUGUCUCGCAGUCAAGAAUUUUCUUUUCUAUGUUUUUUUGUGUUUUUCCACUUUUUGCAAAAAAAAAUCUGAUUUUUAUACAUAUUUUUUUACGUUCUCAAAAAUAUUUAAAUGAAAAUCACAGUAAAAAAUUAGAAUGAAUAUCCUCCUUUUUUAUUUUAUUGAAUGCAAUAUGCUUCCAUGCGACACACUGACUGUACGAUAAUAAAUUCAGGCUGCAUUUAAGCCAAGUUUCACUGAACUGUAGUAGCUAAAGAUGAGCCCUAGAGGGCGUUCAAUGGUCAAUUUGAUUUGUUACUUGUACCUGUGUUGUCUCUAAAAAUAAAUAAAUAAAAACAAAA